AUCGGCGUCGACCCGCCUACCGCCAACUCUGGAGUCGUCUCUUCACCGCACACACGCAGGCGCUGCACUGUUUCUAUUCAUGCACUGACACCGUCUUCCGGUUCCUUGGCUUUACCGGCCUUUCCUGUAAGUUCUGUUUCGGGGAGUUGAAGCUGCAGUCGAGGGAGAGAGACCGGCAGGAACAAGCAUGGCCACCGACCGGGACCCUUCUUUCACCGUCAAGCUCGCCCAGCUGCUGCUGUCUACAUACUGGGGCAUGCAGAUCAGGGUCACCUUUAUUUCAAGCUUCGUGAUGGACAACCACCUGAACAGGCACACUUACGGCUUCAUCCAGAGCCGCCUGGUUCCUUUCUACCUGAACUUGGGCUCCGCCUGCGCCUUCUUCAACCUCGCCAUCUACGCCAUCUACCAUCCCAACGACAUGCUGGACGAAAGGGAGGCCUUCCAGAUCUUCAUCUUCUUCCUGUCGGUCACCAUCGCGGCGGUCAACGCCCAGUGGUUCGGCCAGAUGACGUCGGAGAUCAUGGCCGACAUGCACCUGGUGGAGCAGGCGUGCGGCCUGGGCCAGGACAUCGGCCUGUCGUCCAACCGCGAGGCGUACGCCAAGCUGAGCGAGACGGACGCCAAGUACCGCCACCUGAGCGGGCGCCUGCGGCUCUACCGGCUGCUGUCGUCGCUCUGCAAUGUGUGCUGCAUCGCCUGCAGCUUCUACAGCCUCAGCUACAUGGCCGAGAACCUCAGGGCGCUGUGACGCGGACUUUUUUAUCAGGAGUAAGUUAUCUAUUUAAUACGUCUUUCUUCCUCUGUGCCUUAGAAUCCAUGAGCUUGAUUUUGCCAAAAUCAACUCGACAGACUCGCUCAGGCCUGUUGCUCCUGUUUGUGUACAAGCCCCGCCCACACAGCAGGUUGCUUAUUCUCCUCCGGCUAACUCGCUGCACCUGUCACUUGGUUUUCCUCAGUAAUCCGGUCCAAAAACUCAGGUGAGCUAUUUUUCCCUUAGGACAGGGGUUGGCAACCCGCGGCUCUUUAGCACCGCCUUAGUGGCUCUCUUGAGCUUUUUCAAAAAUAUAUGAAAAAUGGAAAAAUAUGAGGGGAAAUAAAAUAAAUGUUUUGUUUUAUUACGGUUUCUGUAGGAGGACAAACGUGACACAAACCUCCCUAAUUGCUAUAAAGCAGACUGUUUAUAUCAUACUUGCCAACCUUGAGACC